AUGGUUCGCUCGAUGUACGAAUGGUUAUCCGACGGUGAGCGAAAAACGUAUUCUGAUCGGAAAAUAGACAAAGGCAUCUUGCGUGGGGAACCGGAUCGUUCGGCGUCUUCGAAUUAUCGAAUUUCGGAAUCAAAAUGUUUUCUUGUGUCCGAUCUCUGACCAAAUCUGCCACUCAAAACUUGAAAUUGAGACUGCAGAAUCUGAUAUUGUCGGUUUGUGUCGCCUUGACUUCAGAAACCAUCUUGCGACGGAGAGAGAAUUCACGUGAAAAACGUGAAGCAGAAAUUCAGAUGAAUCUCAGCGCAAAGAGAGUGUUGUUGUUCAGAGAAGUUCGCACUGUUUGGCAUGUUUCUAGCCUUUCUUCUGUCUCCGUUAAUCGCCCAAUGCGGCAAAAGUAAGAAGGGUUCGUCGGAGAGAUGAAAGGAACGGAGCAAAAGUGCCAUUUUUAGGUAAGCCGAAGAACUCGGUCGUCUCGAAAGACAAGUCGAAGAGAAAGACAAAGUCGAAAAUGUCGAAGAUUUCGAAGGUAUCGAAGAAGGAGGAGCCGGUCAAACCGUCGCAGGAGGAAGACAAAAAAGAGGGUUCGAAAAAGUCCAGAAAGUCAAACAAGUCGAAAAAAUCAAAAAAAUCGGAGAAGGCGGCUGCGAAGAAUGGUUCGCAAAAGAUAGAUGAGCAACAGGAAGGCAGUACGAAGGUGCCCCCAUCUCCUUAUUUUAUCGAACACUUCUGUUCUUCCAGAAAGCGGCGAGUCCUCCGGAAGAGCAGAAGCCUCCGAAAGAAGAGCAAAAAGCCGAGUCGCCGAAGAAUGCCCCGUCUGCUGCUUCUGCUGCUCCAGAUACUCAACCGUCUCCUGCCGAGGCGGAAUGGCAGGUCAGUCUGGAUUAGCCCCUAAUUCUAUUUUCAAGUUGGAAUUUCAGCCGCCACCGGAGAACGAGCGGCCGAAGCAUCCGGGAGUCGAAACGCCGUUGGAGCCGGCCGACGAAAACAAGACUGUGCGUCAAGUCAGCCAACUCCCGGACGCCCAAGAUUUUGCCUAG